AUGGUUUCCUUCAAGGUCUUCGCUAUUCUACCUUACGCCCUCGCGGCUGCGGCGGCGGCUACCUCGCCCAUGCCCCGCGAUACUCCUUCGACUUCAUACCUUAUUCUGCGAACUUGUGUUCCACCCACAAACUGCGGUGCACCUGUUGGCAACUGCGAGUUCUGCUGUGCCGGCCGCAAACCCAACAGCAACACCUGUCAUUCCCAUGGCGGCGUCUGCCCUGAUGGAACCACAGAGUAUCACUGCGAUGAUACUACUCGCUAG